GCCGUGAAUCUAAACUCGGGAUCGCUACUACUCCUCGGCUCACCACUGAUGUCACCGACACGCUCCUCUCGCGCCGCGGCCGCCGCCUGUAGAUUCUAGCGAUCCACCUAUGGCGAGGCCGGCGGCGAAGGCGCUGCCGCCCAAGCACCUCGUGGCUCUCGCCGUCGUCGCCAUCCUCGGACUCUUCCUAGUCGCCGACUACCUCUGGGCCUCCUCCCGCUCCGCUGCCUCCUCCAUCUGGCCCUCGAGGCUCGAUAUCUCCACUCGCCCCGCGGUGUCGCCGCCGCCCUCGGCGGAGAAGCAAACAAAGGGCAAUACAUCUACAGGUUCCAUCGAUAUAAGUCCCACAUUUGCGGAUUUACCAGCACCAGAACUGCAGUGGGAGGAGAUGGCUGAAGCACCAGUACCACGUUUGGACGGCGCUGCUAUACAGAUUAAGAAUCUCUUAUUUGUAUUUGCCGGAUAUGGCACCAUUAACUAUGUGCAUUCUCAUGUGGAUAUUUACAAUUUCUCGGAUAAUACAUGGGGAGGAAAGUUUGAUAUGCCAAAGGAAAUGGCACAUUCACAUCUGGGGAUGGUUACAGAUGGACGAUUUAUAUAUGUAGUAACUGGACAAUACGGCCCUCAGUGUAGGGGACCUACAGCUCGAAAUUUUGUGUUGGACACAGAGAGAAAAGAAUGGCAUGAUUUGCCUCCACUCCCAGUUCCUAGGUAUGCUCCAGCCACACAACUUUGGAGGGGGAGGCUUCAUGUAAUGGGUGGCAGUAAGGAGGACAGACAUGAACCUGGACUUGAACAUUGGAGCCUUGCAGUGAAGGAUGGGAAAGCAUUGGAGCAAGAGUGGAGGAGCGAGAUACCAAUCCCGCGUGGUGGUCCUCAUAGGGCCUGUGUUGUUGCUAAUGAUAAGCUCCUUGUUAUUGGUGGUCAAGAAGGAGAUUUUAUGGCCAAACCUGGAUCACCUAUAUUUAAAUGUGUUAGAAGAAGUGAGAUAGUGUACAGCGAUGUAUACAUGCUUGAUGAUGAAAUGAAGUGGAAGGAACUUCCACCCAUGCCGAAGCCAGAUUCACAUAUAGAGUUUGCCUGGACGAAUGUCAACAAUUCUCUAAUUAUUGCAGGGGGGACCACAGAAAAGCACCCAAUUAAUAAAAAGAUGACCUUGGUUGGUGAAGUAUUUCGGUUCAAUUUGGAGACACUGGAAUGGAGUGUGAUCGGGCGGUUACCUUUCCGGAUCAAGACCACUUUGGUAGGAUACUGGGAUGGAUGGCUGUAUUUCACUUCCGGGCAACGAGACAAGGGCCCAAGCAACCCAUCUCCUAAAAAGGUUGUCGGGUGCAUGUGGAGAACUAAGUUGCACCUGUGAUUUUUCUGUAGGUAAAACUGAAUUGAGUAGAGCAUUCUUUCAGUAUUCUUUUUGACACAUAACUGUUUGAUCCCUCCCUUGGUGGGCGAGUUGUUUCUUGUCAUACGAAUUGGCUGGCUUUGCUGUGCACUAAUCACAUCAUGCCACUUACUCUGU